AUGACAAAGAAAAUGAAAAAACUGGAAAAAGAUACAGCCACAUGGAAAGCAAGGUUUGAGAACUGUAACAAAGCUUUACUGGACAUGAUUGAAGAGAAAGCCAUGAGGGCCAAGGAAUAUGAAUGCUUUGUAGUGAAAAUUCAAAGACUAGAAAAUCUUUGCAGAGCUCUGCAGGAGGAACGGAACGUAUUGUAUAAAAAAAUAAAAGAAGCACAAUUCCCUGAAGAGAACAAAGAAGAGGAAGCAGAAGAUGAUGAGGAGGAAGAACAGCAAGCUGGAGUGGAGGAUAGUCUGGAGAAUAAGACAACAGUUACAAGUCAGGCUAUUGAUGAGCCAUCUGCCACCAGUGAAAUUAUCCCAAAAGAUUUGGCUACAGCUUUCAUGGUGAUUCACGUGAAUAUGCCUGUAAUCCCAACCAAUGAAGAAAAAGUGGAAGAACUACACAAUCCCAAAGUAUGUGACCCAAUUUGUCCUCCUGAAAUACUGGAUUCUUGCAAGCCACAAGGCAACCAGGACUGCUGUAUUGAUCCAACAUCCAUGCCCAAAGCACAGGAACUAGAGGGGGACAUAGUAAAACUUGAUCCCGAUCAUCCCAUGUUGAAGCUCUCAAAUACUGACAUGGAAGAUGUUGAUUAGCACGAUAUAAUGAUGUGUUUCCCCCAAAAAUGACAUUCUCCAACCCUUUCCUAAACUUUGCUGGUUUUCAUAGUAAUAUGGCUUUACAAGUAUUUUCAAACCUCCUUCAAUUUCAUAGAAUACACGCUAUUGUAUUCCCAUGAUUACUGGUGGUGUUUGAAUCUGCUUUACUUCUCAUUCAGGUAAAGCCAAGAGUUUAGGCAUCUUGACCUAAUUACCUAACAGUAAUUCGCCUCAUAAUUUUCUGCUACUUUCAUCAUAGUUAAGUCUUUGGAAAUGUUGUGGAUUUCUGAAAACAUUUUUUUUGUUUUAAAUUUAUAUGCCUUAAGUUGGGAUCUGGUAUGAAGUGAUCUGUCAUAUGUUUUCUGAUAUAGAAUGACGGUGUUAACACUGAUCCAUGUCCAAGCUUAGAAUGGCUGUAUUAUAUCUUUAGUCAUACAAUCUGACUUGAAAAAUAAACUAAAUUUGGAAAUCUUUCAAGAUCCAGUACAAGAACAGGUAGGCCUCAAACUUGGGAAUGGCAUUUAAAUUUUGCUUUCAAAAAUUAGCUGUUUCUUUUGCAGUAAAUUCUUUUGGGGUUAUAAAAUAUGCAAAAUGGCACACACCUGUUCCUAUAUUCUACAUCAGCAGUCCCCAAAUCUCUUGUACUAGGGGACUGAUUUCAUUGGUAAAAAUUAUAUUUUCAUGGACUGGGGGAGGGGGAUGAUUUUGAUUUCACUCGCCUGCCACUCACUUCCACCUUUGUGACCCAGUUCCUAACUAUCCACGGACAGGUAUUGGUCCAUGGCUCGAAGUUGGGGACCCCUAUUCUGCAUUCAUAUUUUAUAUUACAAAUAAUUUAUCUGUCUUUUUAAAAUUGUCAUUAUUCAAACAUGUAUGACCACGAUCUAGUACCUGAGUUUGUCAUUGGAUUCCCCUGAAUUAAACAAUUAUUCAGUAUGUUAUCUAGACUAUAUAAUUUUAUGCC